GACGUUUUCAGUCGCUGUAGGCCAAUGCAGAUUCCUCACAAACACAGCAAUACAAACGUCUGUGUGUAUCUAACAUGGCUACUGCUUAAGUAGAGAAAGUGCAGUUAAAGACGGACGCACCACUGAGGAAUGUUUCGACUGCUUUUGUUCUAAAAUAAUGUGAACAUUAACAGACAAUUCCCAUUCAUUUUAUUACGUCCGUACGUUCAGAUUAUUACAUCUGAACCUGCUGUGUGAGGAAAAAUCUAAAAUAAACAAAAUAACCAACCAGUCCACGACCAAAAAAAGACCACCAACUAUCCAACCUACAAAAAAAAGAAAGAACCAACCAGCUAAUUGAUCAACCAACUAACCAGCUAACUAAGCAACCAACCCAAAAAACAACCAGCUUAUCGAUCAACCAACUAACCAGCUAACUAAGCAACCAACCCAAAAAACAACCAGCUUAUCGAUCAACCAACUAACCAGCUAACUAAGCAACCAACCCAAAAAACAACCAGCUUAUAAAUCAACCAACUAACCAGCUAACUAAGCAACCAACCCAAAAAACAACCAGCUUAUCGAUCAACCAACUAACCAGCUAACUAAUCAACCAACCCAAAAAACAACCAGCUAAUCGAUCAACCAAUUAACCAGCUAACUAAUCAACCAACCCAAAAAACAACCAGAUAAUCGAUCAACCAACUAACCAGCUAACUAAUCAACCAACCCAAAAAACAACCAGCUAAUCGAUCAACCAACUAAACAGCUAACUAAUCAACCAACCCAAAAAACAACCAGCUAAUCGAUCAACCAAUUAAUCAGCUAACUAAUCAACCAACCCAAAAAACAACCAGCUUAUCGAUCAACCAAUUAAUCAGCUAACUAAUCAACCAACCCAAAAAACAACCAACAAUUCAAACAAUCAAACAAGCAAAAAUAAAUAAAUAUGCAAAUUAUUUGUGUCGUUGACCCUUGAACAAUACACUAAAUGUAAUGACGUCUAGCUCAAGGCCACCCUUAAGGUCAGUGAACAGCAGCCAAAACAGACAUAGUUUCUUAAAACGUACACCAGUCGGUAAAACUCAGUUCAAUAAGUAUAUAAAUAUAUCUCUCCACAUAUGUUUUUGUUCCUCUCUAAUAAUUUUGCACGGAACGCGAGCAAAUAAAAACAUUCACAUGCAAAUAAAAACAAACUCUAGAUCACAGAAUCAACUGGACAUAUAAUCCAGCCAAAUCAUAUGUUCCAUCCAUCCAUCCAUCCAUCCAUCCAUCCAUCCAUUUUCUAAGCCGCUUCUCCGUCAGGGUCGCGGGGCAAAUCAUCUGUUCUCUUUAUGAUUUUUAUUGUAUUUAUUUAUGUUGUUAUGUUGUCGACAGUGACAUUAUGCGUUUGUUUAAUUACUCGUCGUUAGUUUUGUACUUUCUAAUUGUGCCGUGCGGGCAAGGAGCUCGUUUAAAAGUGAACUAGUCGUAUCAACAAGCUAAACUAUUUUGUUUGUUUGUUUUUGGUGGACUGUGACACGGGAGCUACUUUUCCCUCGUGUCUCGUAGUUGCGUCAUGCUCCCGAAGUGAUUAUGUAUGCAAUCAAAUCAACCCGCCAAAAUCACGUUUGAACUUUUACCUUCUUUAACUUUCUUCUGUCGACUUUGACAUUGACUUUGUUUUGUUUAGAUGGACUCUCGGGUGUGUUAUCACUCUUGUGUGACAGAGUUGUGGUUCCUCACACCUUUAAUCCACUCCUCCGCGCUCUCAUUGGUCCGCGCGCUGCUUAAAGUCUCGGGGAUGGCCGCAGGUCUUCAGAGCUUCACCUUCACUCGGUGUGAUAGAGGCCAUGAUGUUGUCUAGUGUCGAAAUGGUGCAGCUGGAGCAGCGCUGUAAACAGGCCGAGCUGGAGCCUUUCCCUCAGAGCCCGCAAUCCGCCGAGUCCGAGCUCAGCUGCUCCAGCCCGGAGGGGAAAGCCCCCAGAGUGAGGAGACCCCUGAAUGCCUUCAUCAUCUGGACCAAAGAGGAGCGCAGGAGACUGGCCCAACUCAACCCUGAGCUGGAGAACACUGACCUCAGCAAGAUACUGGGUAGAACAUGGAAGGCCAUGUCUCUGGCUGAGAAAAGGCCAUACAUGCAGGAGGCAGAGAGGCUGAGGGUUCAACACACCAUUGAUCACCCCAACUACAAAUACCGGCCUCGCAGACGCAAGAGCAACAGACGCAGCUCCAAAACCCCGCCAAGUGACACCAGCACCUCCUCUAACAUCCACCUCAGCUGCAUGCUCCACAACCAGGCCCUGCACUACCCCUACACACACUCACACACACUGUCUAACACAUACACACACCCACACAGUCUGGCUUUCCCCACUCAUCAAACUGCAGCUCAGAAUGGUGUGGGGUUUCCAAACGGAGGAGUGUCCUUCUCAGAGGGAGCCUUCUUGAGCUCUUUGGCAUACCCACAGCAGGCCAUGUGCUCAGCACAGCCUCAGUACUACAGUUCCCAGCAUGUAGUGCAGCAAAGAGUAGAGCACUGGCGAGGGACGGAGGUGUGUGGAUGUGUGCUGUGCUCAGGUGGACCAUCACUAGAGUUUUACCUGGAGCAGGUCCGAGUGGACAUGUUGGACCAACUUGACCGCAGCGAAUUUGACCAGUACCUCAAUCCAGUACCAACUAAAGACCAACACUGACCACAAAUAUCCCAAAAUGAAUUAAUCAGACUUCAAGACACUUUGCAUGGGUCAAACCACCAGGAUGACCACUUAAAAGUGUUGCUGUUUACUGUUGCUGCUAAAGACUUUUUAUGUGAUUGUGAAUAUGUGUACAUAAAUAUUUGUAUUUAUUUAUGAUGAUAUUGCAGUUGUCUAGACCAAGAAUAAGCUGUAUCCCAAGUCACACUAUCACUAGAGAAUCUCCACAGAAAUUCAUUUUGUACCAUUAAUAUUUUUUAACAAGUUCUUUGUUUCACUGUUGACAAUGGUGAAAUCUGUUCAGAUCUUUGUACGUUUCAAAUAUGUAUUCAUGGCUUGUUUACUUGGGAGAAAGUUCACUUUGAGCUGCUAUAAA